AUGAAUGGACUAAGCCGAGCUGAGAUACCUUUUAUUACACGUAUGGCCCGCUAUGUGGGUGCCGCCAAUAAUGGAAACUGGCAGGCGGUCGCCACUGCACAUCAGGAUAAUACGAAUAAUAGUAAACGAACAACAAAAACUUACCGGGAUAUGUAUGUAUCUAUAGGUUUUGGGUUGGGUAUGCGUGAGGAGCUGGCUAGAGGCAUGUGUUUGGUACAGUAA